CUUUAUAAAUGACGGUAGUGUGUAAUUUUGGAACCGGUGCCAGCCUUUUUUGGAAAUCCAAGCUAAUAAGAUAAGAGGCACGAUGUGCUUAUGUUCUUAAUUAUUCCUCUUCAUUGUUGUUUUGGUAUUUUCCCCUUAGAUUGAAGCGCGCACCGAAUAGAUAUAAUACUGUUGGAGUAUUCGUAGGCGGUAUUGCGGACCGCGGACGAUCCUGUCGAAUGUGAAAAAUCAAAUAUUCCUGAUGUUGUAUUGAGUUUACUGCUUAAGUGGGUAGAUGAAUCUGGUUCCAUUGUAAAAUUCAAUGUGAAUCCCAAAGUGUAGGUAAUGUCUGCAAGACAUUUUGCUUGCUUGGAGUAUCCCACUAGCUAAAGCCUAAAUGCAGUUCUGUUUUAUACUUUAUUUACACCGAUUGAGAUUGAUUAUCUUCCUUAAUCCUAUGUCUGGUGUGUCCAGGGCAUGUGCUGAUUGCUCGCUUCUCUGAUUCUAAAUAUAAGUUUGACCAUUUUGUGGCUCAGCUGAUAAAAGUGGAGUGAGACUGAUCGUUGGUUUAGGCGACUGCCGAUUGAAAGAAGCUCCUCUGAGAUUACACUUGGCAUCUGAGCUUAUUGGAAAUGAAGAUAAAGAAUGCCAAUGAUGGUGCUCUAACAAACUUUGAGGUUCUGGGCUUCUUCCAGUCUAGAGGGGCUUCAAAAGAAGUUGCUGCAACAGUCGCGCCAUCAGAAUAUAAGGUUUUCCAGUACUUGGUUGACACAGCUACCGACAAACAAACAAGAGAGAGUGUUUCUGACCUUUUGGGAAAGGUGAAAAAGUAUGACCUUGCCAAAGCGGAGGUGCUAAACAUUAUCAACCUUAGACCGACUUCACCUGUUGGAAUUUAUACGAUUGUUGAGAAAUGCGAUGCCCGACUGGGAGAAGAAGGAGCCCAAGAACUCGCAGACAUAGUGGCCGAGGUAUCGCCACCUCCGGAACAACCACGGUCCUAAGAGGGUCUUCCUCAGGCAGAUGAUGUUUGAUGCUUGGAAGGACCGUGAAGAUGCACGAUGUCAAUCACCUAAAAUUUUCGCCCAAAAGGCCUUACUGCAUUUUAAAGAAAAUUAGGAGUAGAAUUCGUUGAUUUCGUCGAAAUUCUACCCCAGACCCAAAAAAAUCCACGUUACAUUUUACUUUUUUCAUUUGGAGACUUGUUGAACCUAACUUUAGCAUCGUGCUGCCAUUAACUCUCUUUUUCCUUUUUUUUUUUUUGGGUUUUUGGGGGGUUGCAUUGGCAUUUUAUCUUGACAUUGUCAAAAUUAGAAUAAAAUUCAUUGGCAUGUUAAUUAUAUAGUAGGAAUUGCAUAUUCCAUGACUAGUCAUAUUGUGGAAGUAUUUGUACAAGGAGAGGAUAAUUGUCCAAAAAGUCAUAAAAAAAUUUUAUGGCGAUCAAUUCAAUUCUGAA